UUCGACUGAGGAAAGUUUUAUUCAGUAAUCCCAACAUCUUGCUUGCAUAAACGUGACAAAGUGUCCAGAUAAGGAGGAAAAAGGUGAAGUGAGAUCUGUGUGACAAACUGCUGUAAAGAUGGAGUUUAUUAAAGAAGAGAGUGAAGACAUCAGUAUUACACAAACAUGUGGAAUAAAAACUGAAGAUACUGAAGAACAAAGAGACCUGAUGGAUCUGAAAGAGGAAAGUCAAGAAUUGAAUAACUUGGAGGAAAAACAUCAUCAGAAAUCCUUUAAUUGCUCAAUGACUGAACAGAAUUUCACACAAAAAAGAACUCGAAGAACAGGGUCUAAAAAAAAAUUCACCUGCCCUCAGUGUGGAAAAAGUUUCACACAUAAAGGAAACUUUGAUAUCCACAUUAGAAUUCACACUGAAGAGAAGCCUUACACGUGUCAUCAGUGUGGAAAGAGUUUCACAUUAAACGUAUAUCUUAAGAGGCACCUGACCAUUCACAAUGGGGAGAAGCCUUUCAUAUGCAUUCAGUGUGGAAAGAGUUUCACUUGUAUAUCAUAUCUUAAUGGCCACACAAGAAUUCAUGCUGAAGAGAAGCCAUUUACAUGCCAUCAGUGUGGAAAGAGUUUCACACUAAAAGGAUAUCUUAGGAAGCACAUGAGAAUUCACACUGGACAGAAGCUUAUCAUAUGCACUCAGUGUGGAAAGAGUUUUACAGAAGAAAGCAGCCUUAGGAAGCACUUAAGACUUCACACCGGAGAGAAGCCUUUCACAUGUUCUCUGUGUGGAAAGAGUUUCACUUAUGUAUCAUACCUAAAAGAGCACACAAGAACUCACACUGAAGAGAAGCCUUUCACAUGCCAUCAGUGUGGAAAGAGUUUCACACUAAAAGGAUAUCUUAGGAAGCACCUGAGAAGUCACACUGGAGAGAAGCCUUAUAUUUGCACUCCAUGUGGAAAGAGUUUCACACAAGAAAGACACCUUAGGAAGCACCUAAAGUCUCCGAUUCACUCACGGCAAAGCUCUUCGCUCAGAGCUAGUAAGAAGAUCGGAACAGCUGAGCGACGGCAUACUGUUUGCGAAGAUUCGGACACCAGCUAUGCUGCUGGGAGAGGCGUUCAAUCUGAGAAUGCACAAGACUACAUGUAAAACAUCAGCUAAUGUGACAUUAAAUGUGUUAUUAAUGACUUCAGGCCUCAUUUUAGAAGUAGAAUUCACAUGAGAUCAGUAAAAAAGAAACUGUUUUAACCAUUCGAUGAUGAUUUAAAGUAAUAAACUGUAUAUGAAGUAGAUAAUGUUUAAUUUGAAUGUUUACAUUCUUCAUUUAUGAUGCUAAUGUGCUAACAUGCUUGUACAUUGCCAUAAUAUGCACCAAUUACACAUUGUUUUUUUGUGGCAUUUUUUUUUUCCCCUUUUCUCCCAAUUUGGAAUGCCUAAUUCCCACUACUUAGUAGGUCCUCGUGGUGGCACGGUUACUCACCUAAAUCAGGGUGGAGGAGGACAAGUCUCAGUUGCCUCCUCUUCUGAGCCCAUCAAUCAUGCCACGUAGCUCAUUGUGCUGACACCUUGGAGACUCAUGCUACUCUCUGCGAUCCACACACAACUUACCACGUGCCCCAUUGAGAGCGAGAACUACAAAUCGUGACCACGAUGAGGUUACCCCAUGUGACUUUACUAUCUCUAGCAACUGGGCCAAUUUGGUUGCUUAGGAGACCUUGUUGGAGUCACUCAGCACACCCUGGAUUCGAAGUCGUGACUUCAGGGGUGGUAGUUAGCGUUAGACUAAUUGGCGCCAUUCAUUUGCCCUGUCCCAAAUGGCACACUCCGGACUUGUGGACUUCCUCAGAGUCCACACUUUGGUGACGUCAUGUAGUGCAGACUUAUAGGGCCCCUCGCGCAAGUCCACAAGGGCGCAUUGAGAAGUAUUUUUGGGACAGACUCGAUCGUGAAGCGUGGUUAUUGUUGGACAGGAGCUGCAGGUUCGGUUCGAGGAAAUAUGCUGCCUAUUGUUGUUGUUUUUACUAUUGUGUUUGUGAGAUGGCUUGCCAUGCAGAGAAAUCACAUUUAUAUGCUCCGACGUCGUAGAAGACAAGAUUAUUUUUCAUGCAUACAAAUGCUGAUGUUAUGCACGGAGGAAAGGGUAAGCAAGUAAAUGUUAUUGACUUUGUAGAUAAACAUAUAACUUGUCAAAAGUCGUUAAUGCAUUAAGUCAUUAUUAUUUGAUUUACUGUUUAAUUUUCUUUUUUCUUUAUAUACAUAUAUAUAUAUAUAUAUAUGUGUAUUUUAUAUUUUUUAUGUGCACCUUGUUUUUUUUAUGUCGUUUUUAAUUUACAGGUUUAAAUAUCCAUACUUCACUUACAUAUGACUCAGUAAAGCCCUGCCAUUCGGUUCUAUAUAAUGAAUCGUUAUGCGAUCAGCCUAUUAUUAUUCAGCGCGCUAUUACUAUGUUUGAGACAUCAACCACUGGUCGAUGACCAUAAUGUUUGUAUAAACUGUAGGUUACAACUGGUAAAAUGUACACAGUCAUAAAAACCAUAAUGAUACUUACACUUAAAUAUUUUCUUCUCAGCCAUGUUAUCAAUUGUCUGUGUCCGUGAGCGAAAGCGCUCUUCACACCAGUUGUCUGAUUGGCCUUUCGCAAUGACUCCUGGGUACUUGAAGUGCGUGAAGCCUGGAUCUAUGCGGGCUUCGCGGAAGACCGCUUCAAGGGUACAAAGGGGGCGCUGCUGAGCACACUUCAGAGCGUUAAAAUGCUAAAUGGGACGGCCUACGGACUCGUAGACUCAGCGAGCACGCGCAAUUUAAGUCCACGAGACCGAAAGUCUGCAUGAAGUGCGCCAUUUGGGACAGGGCUAUUAACUUCCAAAUGCUAUAGGUAGAUCACAGGCUAUCUUCAUCAACCUCAUUAUUAUUAAUGCAAUGACUCUGGUGUAUUUCCAUGAUCCACUGUCCAACAUCACCAGCUAACAUUUAUGGGUGAUCCUAUGUUUAUGUUUAAGGAGUAUUUUAAAGACAAAACUCUACAAACAAUUCUAGUUUUAAAGAAUAGAUCGAAGUAUAUUUAAACCUUUUUAGCAUGACUUUAAUUAGGGCGGCUCAGUGGCUCAGCACUGUCACCUCACAGCUCAGCUGGGCGCUUCUGUGUGGAGUUUGCAUGUUUAUGUGGGUUUCCUCCAGGUGCUCCAGUUUCCCCCACAUGUUCAAAACAUGCCGGUUAAGUGAAUAGCCCCACAGGUGUGAGUGAGAGUUCCCCAGCCACUGGGGAUGCAUCAGGAAGGGCAUCCAGUAUAAAACCUGUGCCAAGUCAAUGGUCCACUGUGGCAACUUCUAAUGGGAGCAGCUGAAAGAAGUGUGUCUUUAAUUACUUAUUCAUAUUUUCUGUGUUGUUAUCCUGCACUGUCAGUAAAAAAGAAAGUGUAAAAUUUGUACUUUAAGGGGUACAGUGGCUUGUCACUGAGGAAGAACCCUCAAAGGUACAUCCGUGUACCCUUAAAUGUGGGUAAAAAUGUUUGUACCCUUACAGCUUGUACCUUUUAAGAGGCAAAUAUGUGCCCUUGGUGACUAGGACCUCACUGAUAUGGUACUAUAAUGUACCACUGGAAAAGGUGCAGAUUUAGCCUUUUAAGGGUACUGCCCCACUGACAAGCAUUUUGUACCAUAUGAACGGCAUAUUUGUACUCAAUAAAGCAUAUUCAA